CACUCGGGAAGCAUUUCUGAGUACAAGUUUCAUGAAUCAAACCAAGUUUCAUGAAUCAAACAAGUUUCUGAGUACAAGUUUCAUGAAAAACAACACAAAAUUUCUUCCUUGAACAAAAUUUUCUCUCUAGAAUUCCUAGGAUUUAGAUUUUCCUUUCCUAGAGAGUGAGAGAGAAGAGAAAUAAUGUACAAGACAAAGCUUCAGGAGCUUUGCCAGAAGAGACAAUGGGCAUUGCCCAAGUACUCCACCAUGAAAGAUGGCCCAGAUCACAAUCCUCGCUUCAAAUCCUCUGUUUCUGUCAAUUCCCAUUCCUUUGAUUCUCCUUUUCCUUACAAAUCCUCCAAGCAAGCCCAAAAUGAAGCCGCCAAGAUCGCCUUUCUCCACUUUACCUCUCCAUCUCCAGGCAUUAAAACAAAUUUUCUCAUUUGCUGUUCAGAUUCCUUAAUCUCAGUUGAACCAAAUGUUCCAGAAACAUACAAUAGCUCUGAUACUCAAUCUCAUGAUUUGACUGUGGAAAAUGCAGACUCAUGUCAAUACAAGAGCCAGUUGCAGAGCUACGCUUACUGGCAAGGUUUCGAUUUCCCAUUGUAUUCGAGCAUUACUGAAGGUUCGGGUCGCUCUACUUGCUUCAAGGCUACAGUCAUAAUUGAUGGACAUGCUUUUGAGAGCCCACAUUUCUUCACAACUUUGAACGAAGCAGAAAAUUCUGCUGCAAAGGCUGCUUUAAUGUCAAUUUUGACAGAUAACUUUCAAGAGGAUGACUCUGGCUCCUACAAGAAUCUACUGCAGGAGACGACCCAAAAGGAAGGUCUCUCCAUACCACUAUAUAAAACUAUAAAAACUGGUCCAUCUCACCUGCCAACAUUCUUUUCCUCUGUGGAAGUAGAAGGAAAGAAGUACUAUGGCAAGGCAGGAAAUUCCAAAAAAGAAGCAGAGGUAAAAGCUGCUAAGGUUGCUUACACAUUUCUCAAAGAUAGUGCUAUGAGUAAAACUUCAGAGAUUACUUCCUCUACGCUCGUAACUGAUGAAUCUCUUGAGUCUGAGCAACAUUCUGCAGCAGAAAGUAAAGAUAAAAGUGAAGAAGUAAAUCUGCCUGAAGCAAUACAAACCAAUCUCAGAAUUGACUCCAAAGAUCCCAUUUUGUCACAUUCAGCAUCAGUUAAGCAGAAAAUGGAAGCUGAAAACUUUGACUCAUCAUCUUCUUGUUCUAAACCUGUUACUACUGUGACACAAAUUGACAUUUCUGAUUUCUCAAUUUCAAGCUCAACAAUGGGGAAGACUACAGCUCCUGGGAGUUACCUGCUAUGUGAAAGGGUUAGAGUGUAUUUAUCUUAUCCCAACAUUACUUUUCCUAAGGGCAUUACAGUACUGCCAAUUAGUGAUGAUAAAUGGGUAGCAGUGAGCUUGGAGUUCCCAAAUGAACAAAGUUAUUAGUUUCCAGAAAGUUUGCUUUUUAGGAGAUUUUAAUAUUUUGAGCAUAUUAAGAGAAAUUAUAAUGCAAAUAAUGUAAUUUCACUAUUCAAGAUGAUGGUGUAUUUCUCCUGAAAUAAAAUAAUUAAAAUUACCAUUUUUU